AUUGUCUUUCUUCAACUACGACGACUCAAAAGAAAGACAUUCAGCCGAACAGGAAAGGGCAACAUCAUAAAAGGACACAAGUUUAUCCCUUGACAACUAUCCCAGCGAAGAUUGUAUUGUCAAUCUUUUAGUUGGAGACAUUCGCUACUGUUUUUGGUCAUUUAUCCCUUUGUUCUUCCUUUCUCGUCCUCAUCGUCGUUCGUAUUGAUCUCAUAACAUUCCUCCUCCUCAAAAACAAAGCACAAUGUCAUCACAACAAACAGCACAACAAGCCGCACAAGCUGCUAGCUUUCGUGUAGGUCAAAAUUAUCAAAUCGUCGAUGUGGUCGGAGAAGGUGCAUACGGAGUAGUAUGCUCUGCAAUUCAUGUUCCAACACAAACCCGCGUGGCAAUCAAAAAGAUAACACCUUUUGAUCAUUCGAUGUUCUGUUUGAGAACAUUACGAGAGAUCAAGUUGCUAAGGCAUUUCAAUCACGAAAACAUCAUUAGCAUUUUGGAUAUCGUCAAGCCUGCUUCGUAUGAAUCAUUCGAUGAAGUUUAUCUCAUUCAAGAAUUGAUGGAAACAGAUAUGCAUAGAGUCAUUCGUACACAAGAGUUAUCCGAUGAUCACUGUCAAUACUUUGUUUAUCAAACUUUGCGUGGUUUGAAAGCUCUUCAUUCUGCACAAGUCUUACAUCGUGACUUGAAACCGAGUAACCUUUUAUUGAACGCAAAUUGCGACCUGAAAAUCUGCGAUUUCGGCUUAGCAAGAUCUGCCGUUCAACCUGAAUCGGACGGACCUGGAUUUAUGACCGAAUACGUUGCAACGAGAUGGUAUCGGGCUCCGGAGAUCAUGUUAACGUUCAAAGAAUAUACCAAAGCCAUUGACGUUUGGUCAGUAGGUUGUAUCUUGGCAGAAAUGUUGAGCGGAAAACCUUUAUUCCCCGGAAGAGAUUAUCAUCAUCAAUUGAGUCUUACUUUGGAAAUUCUUGGUACACCUUCUUUGGACGAUUUUUAUGCGAUCUCCAGCACACGUUCGCGUGAUUAUAUUCGUGCUUUACCUUUCCGUAAACGUCGCAACUUUUCACAGAUGUUCCCAAAUGCCAACCCGCUAGCAGUUGAUUUGAUGGAACGCUGCUUAACCUUCAGUCCUCGAAAACGUAUCACCGUUGAAGAUGCUUUGGCACAUCCAUACUUGGAACCAUACCAUGAUCCAGAAGAUGAGCCAACAGCAGCUCCAUUGGAUCCAAACUUCUUCUCCUUUGAUUACUCCAAAGAGCAAUUAUCACGCAGUCAAUUGAAACAGCUGAUUUAUCAAGAAAUCAUGUCUUAGAGGGUUCUCCUUACCUUUGAUCCAGCAUUUGCUUGACUCUUUUUCUUGAUAGCAUGUAGAUCUCACCAUAUUCUAUAAUGUAUGACGUAUCAUUAUUACUCAUGCAAUGAUUUCUUAUUGUCACAAGCACUUGUAUUGUACAGCUCCCCAGAGAGACCCUUCAUUCCCCUCAAUUCUAUUCUAGAAUAUUCUUAUUUCGUCAA